GGUUGACAUUCAUUACUUGGCGUAGGGUACAAGUGGCUUGUUUACCAACUUAACUUCCAAUGUUCAACUUGGAUAACAUGUAGUCCUGUAUUUAUGGCUGAUUGGAGGUGUCUGAUUACCUACUCACUUCACUUGAGUCAUCCAUAGAGCAGGAAACAAUGGAGGAGUUGAAUGCUGAUUCUGCUCUAGUUCCCCUGACAGCUGAGUGCAAGGUAAACAUUCAGACAAGCAACGUUGCAAUUGACAGGCUCAGUCCAGAUCUAAAUCUUGAUAGUGUAGCGGAGGAUGUGAUUGAUGCAGGGCAUGAUCCAAGGAAUGUUAAUCAUUCGGAUUUUAUCAAGUUUUGGUUAUGGGAAGAUUCAACUUCCGAAUGUAUAAUUCAACAUGCUGAGAAGGUCGUUGAAUGUAUGAAUAAGAAACGACUUGAUAUCGUUAUGAAGAUAGAAGAAAGAAAGCUUGAUCGAGACAACAUAAUACGAAGAUUGGAAUGCCUAAUGUACAGGUAUCAGUCACUCAGGUAUAAUGCGGCUUCUCAUAAGAAGAAAAUGGAACCUCUGCAACUAGCUCUUGACAAGCUCAGUUUCACAAACAAUGCAUACCAUGACAAAGCUAUUAAAUCAUGUUUGUUUGAAGAUGAAAUUCAUUUUAAUAACUUGCAUUUCCGGAUGCUACAUGGGAGAAGCAGUUUGGCUGAAGAGAAACGACUCUUAAAGAAGACCAGGAAAAGCCAACAGAAAGAAGCUAUCGGUUCAUGUUCAACGCUGGAAGAGCUCAAUCAUUCUAUUUCCUGUCUGUUUUACAGGAGUGGUUGCUACUCCAAUGAUGAAGUUCGGCGUAAACAAGUCCUCGAAGAGAUCAACCAGCUAAAACGCACAAGGGAACAAGUUAUUGCAAAUGCCGCUGUGAAGGGAAGGAUUUGGAACUCCUUGGAAUCAAAAGAAAUAAUACAAGGGAAGAUCAAUCUUGCUGGCAAGGAAUCAGAGGAAAUAAGGAAGAAAUGUUUGGAAGUCAGGGCUAGAAUUAAGCUUGUAGAGAAAAGGUUGGAGGCAAUAGAUAAAGAUGUAAUUUCUUUACAGAAACAGUUGAUAGCAGCAAACCAGAGAAAGGGUAGAGCAUACAAAAGCAUCCUUAAACUAAGGAAACAGCAGGAUGAAAUGAUGCAAUCAGCUCCUUCGAAUGUAUAAGGCAUACCUUGGUUUUCUACAGAACUGAAUGCAAUUAUCAGAAUAAGGCUCCAUUUGUUUGUUUGUUUAAAACACAAAAGCAUUCGAUGUUUGGUUUUAGUUCGGAGAAAUUUCCAGUUAAGGUUUGAACCA